ACUGAAGGAGGGAUAGAGAAGUUUGUUUUCAAAAUGGUUUCUUUUCGAUUGUUCACUGUUGUCUUCACUCUAACAUUUUAUUUUGACUUCUAUCAAGCCACCCAUAAGAGAUGUCCUACUGAUGUGUGCAUGAACAGUAAAAUUGAUAUUAAUAAAGAAAUGAGGGAAAGAAUAAAUUUUACAUAUGGACCAGAGGGAGAGCGAGUUCGCUUCAAACCCGGGCUCUUUAGUUUUGGAUGCAGCUAUUUUAACAUGUACAAGGCUUGCGUACCCACGGGUUUGGAUCCAUGUAUUCCCAAAGGGCUUCGAAACAAAGUGAAGGAAUUUGUUGAAACUUAUGACAACAUCGCGUGUACCAAAGCUGAUAGAAUGGACAAAUUGAUCGACUGUAUGAACAAUGAAGAUGUCCAGAAAAUGUUUUUUGACGACCUGAGGUUUAAAGUUUCUUCCCUUCUGGCUAAAAUGAAAACAAAUGAUUCUGACGUAUGCAGUGAAAUGAAGUCGGAUAUCAGUGCCACCGUGACAAAACUCUCGGCUUAUUGCGACCAUGAUGGUCUGCGAGCUUUUUUGCAGUACAUGAACGAGUUGGCAGAAGAGGUACACGAUGAUUUCCCACUGGUUGUAGAUGGUUGGACAUAUAAACAAAAUUGCUAUGACGAGUUUAUGGAAGUGACAUCAACAGCCCAGAUUUCCCUUACCAGACGAGCUUCAGUCAUGGAGACUUCCCGGAUCUUCCGAUCUCUGCUUGGAAUGUAGUUUUGGCUCUUUGAUUUCUCUUUUAAGGAAUCAAGCAUGGAAUAAAAAUUAAUAUUGCAAAAUGAAAAAAAUAA